AUGGCGGCGGUGGUGGCCGUGGACUGCCGCCCGCCCCGGGUCCCCAGCAUCAGAACCAGUGCAGGGACCCCCGAUGUCCCAGCACAGAGCCGAGAGGAAGGUCUGGAGCCACAGCUGGCCAGGUCUGCCUGCGGGCACCCUGGGUCGCUGCCUUUUGCUUCUGCUCUGGGCUUUCCCGGGGAUGUGGACCUCUUCUUCAUGUGGGCCACCCACAUCCGUGGAUUUUCUGAUGAGAUGGCCUUCUGCGCCAGGAGGUCGAGGCAGGUCCUCCCAGAAGCUGCGUCCAGUAGGAGCACGCAGGUGUUGCCGCCCCGCCUGUCCAGGGUGAACGGCUGGUCGCGGCCCUUGCAUCCCUUCCAGAUUGUGGCCUGGACCGUGUUCCUGAUUCUGGCCUUCACGACCUUCGGGGUCUUCAUCCCCCUUCUGCCACGCUACUGGAGAUACAUCGCCUACAGUGUGACCGGCGGGAUAUUCUUCUUCCACUUCUUAGCCCACCUGGUCGCCAUUUCCAUCGACCCGGCCGAAGCCAGCGUCCGCUUGAAGAACUACUCUCAGCCUAUGCCGACCUUCGACCGGUCCAAACACCCGCACGUCAUCCAGAACCAACACUGCCAUCUCUGCGAGGUCCCCGUGAGUGCCAAAGCCAAGCAUUGCAGCGCCUGCAACAAGUGUGUUUCAGGCUUUGACCAUCACUGCAAAUGGCUGAACAACUGCGUGGGAAGCAGAAAUUACUGGUGCUUCUUCAGCUCGGUGGCCUCUGCUUUGGCCGGUCUGCUCUGCAUCAUCGUCAUCCUUCUGUACAUCUUCUUGCAGUACUUCUUCAACCCCGCCGCCCUGCGCACCGACUCACGCUACCGGAGUAUCUCCAACAAGGACACGUGGCUGCUCUUCCUCCCGAUCUCCCCCGUGAGGACCAGCAAGGGCGUCCUCCUGGCGCUCGGGCUGCUGGUGCUGCUGCUGGCGCUCAUCAGCCUGCUGCUGCUUGGCCACCUGCUCUUCUUCCACCUCUACCUGAUGGCCAAAAGGUUGAGCACGUUUGAUUACAUGACGCAGGGCCGCCAACAGCAGGACUCGAAACACCAGACAGGACAGAGGGAUGUGCGUUUACAAAUAGAAGACCUGUCACAGCAUCUGCACAGCCCCCUGGGACCCUCCGAGCAGGGAGAGACACCGGAGGAGCUCCCGCCCCCUUCCCGGCACUCGAGUCUGUGUGCCACCGCCACCGCCACCAUACAGCCAGAGGACACCCCGACGUCGCUGAAGAAAUCAGUUGCCAACCUGAGUUCAUCUGUACAGAGCGUGAAGUCCAUGCAACUCUUGCCACCAACCCCGGACCACUCACAGGUCUCCAGCCUCACCAUCCAUGCCAACAGUGGCUUGUCGCAGCAGGAACUGUGUUCUGGCCGGAGCGCGUCCGCCAUACGAGUCAAGCGAAAGGAGUUCCUGCCUCCACUCUCCAGGUGCUCCAGCCUGAGCUCGGUCAGCACCGUUACCCUUGAGAGCUCCCCGCCACCCCAGAAUACAAAGGAUCAGAGAGAAAGAAAGCAACUUAGAGCAGGAGACGCGGCUGAAAAGCAAGGCUCCGCCUCAGGAGCCCAGGGGCCUGAACCAGCCGAGUCCCGCGUCCAGGGGUCCUUUUCCACCGGGAUCCCAGCCACGGAGUCUGUCCCGGAAACCCUCCAGCUCCCAUCCCCGCCGCAGGGCCACAACCAGGACGCGUGGCCCCAGAAGCACCAGGACACCGUCCCCAGCCACCAGGAGCCCUGGACCGUGGAGUCCACUGUCAUCAACAUCCCCGGAGGGCUGGACGGCGAACUGGACGUCCAGCAGAUGCCCCGCACACUGGUGGUGAUGCCGUCCGCCCAGGCACCCAAGAGCCUGCCUGCCAUCAAGGGAGAGUGUGGGGAGGAGAGCAUCCCGGUCAUCAGAGAGGUGGGGGGCUGCACCUCCGCGAAGGACCCUGUGCCCAGCAGCCCCACCCCCGUCGCCAUGACCACGAUGCCGGAGGACCCUGAGCCAGGGGACAGGGCUCCUCAGCUCGUGUAGAGCCAGGGCAUGUCCCCCAGGCCCUCAGGGUGCCCCUCCCUCUGGCUGGCAUUGCCCAUGCCGCCCAGCCUGGCUUCCACCUCGAGGAGGAGACCUGGGCCCCGCCGCCCAUCUUCAGAGCCCCGCCCCCCUGCAUCAAGAGGGAACAGAGCUGAAGGCCGCUGCUUCUGGCCACGCAGGAGGAGUCUCAUGAACUCACAUCUCCCUCACUCCAGAAGCCAUAUGUUAAAG